AUACUCGUUAUAAUAACACAUUUGUCAGACUGGUAAAUGGAACCUUACCGUCAAAUGGACGAGUUGAGGUGUACUAUCAUGGUGUGUGGGGUACGAUAUGUGAUGAUCACUGGGAUGAUAGUGACGCUGGUGUUAUCUGUGUUAUGCUGGGAUAUACAAGGGAAGAAGCCUGUGCAUUUUCUAACGCUCUGUUUGGAGAAGGGAAAGAUAAGAUCUGGCUUGAUAAUGUUCGCUGUAAUGGUACAGAGACUGAUAUUGAAAUGUGCUCACAUUCCUUACUUGGAAUUCACGACUGUUCACACAGUGAAGAUGCUGGAGUUUCUUGUUCUAAAAACACUCGUUAUAACAACACGUUUGUCAGACUGGUGAAUGGAACCUUUCCUUCAAAUGGACGAGUUGAAGUCUACUAUCAUGGUGUGUGGGGUACGAUAUGUGACGAUCUCUGGGAUGAUAAAGACGCUGCUGUUAUUUGUGCGAUGCUGGGAUAUACAAGGAUCUCUGUGUUGUCAACUUGA